AUGGGGGACCAAUCACUCACCAUCUCUCUGAUGAAGCUGCUGUGCUUGCAUGGUGGUCGGCUGGAGAAGAAUCAAUUAGCUGAUCUUCUGGAUCUCUCAGCAAAGGAAGUUGAACAGAUUCUGCAGGAUGAGUCUCUCAUAUUCCCACAGAGCUUCGAGCUUGUUUUGGCCCAGAGCCCCCUGAGGACCUGUGACACAUACCUUUACUCAGAUGAGGGAUGUAAGGAAGAGUGUCCAAAACUUCACCUGUGUACCCACUACCUGAAGGACCAGUGCUUCACCAAAAAAGGGCAUCGCUGCAAAUUCUCCCAUGAUGUCUUCUCUGACCACAACAAUGCCGUGUUAGAAGUUAACGAGCUGAGCGAACUGAAUGAGGACGAGAUAAAAGUUCUGCUUUUCCAGAAUGACAACAUGCUGCUGCCGCAGGACUGUACAAAAUAUGUCCGUGACACCUGUGACCAAGGAGAGGAUUGCAAGCGUCUCCACAUGUGCAGAUACUUUACUCGAGGAUCCUGCUACAGCCAAAUCUGUGAAAAAUCGCACAAUCUGCUGGAUUCCAAAAUAAUGCUCAAAUGCCGCUGGAUGAGCCAAAAGACCAUUGAGAACUUCCAGAUGCUCUGCGAUCUGAAACACAAUGAGAGGCACCGGAUACCUCGAGGGGUGGCUAAUAAUAAGGAGGCCAGGGAGGCUCGACUCAAGACAAGAGACAUAGGGGGAAGAAGGCCAAGAAAAAGAGAUGAUUCUCAGGACUCAGUCGGCAGGAGCAGGGAAAGAAAAAAGGAAGAGGGGGCUGAGUCCAUACCUCCCCCAGACUGUAAAGCCUCCUGGGAGCUUGUCGACAGAGAAAACACCAGAAAUUUGCCUCACUUAUAUUUGGAAGUUUUGCAAGCUGGGAGCUACAUAUCAGUUGAUUUCCAGACCAUGAAAGCUGGUGAUAAGCAGGUCCGCAGACUCUCCACCCCGUCAUCGGUCAGCCAACCGGCGGAAUAUGUUCUGACCACUAAGUGGAUUUGGUACUGGAAGGAUGAGUUUGGCACCUGGACCAAGUAUGGGUAUCCUAACACAAAGAACGUGAGAGCCUCCAUUUGUUCAUCAGACUUGGAAACCAUUUACUUCUAUAACCCCGGUGGCACCAUCCCGUUCACUGCUGAAAAACAGAACUACAUCGUCAACUGCCAAGAAAUGAGGCAGAGGAACCUUAAUUUCAAGACGGAGAAAGAGGUACGGCGCAGACCUAAAUUCCAGGAUUUUAAGAAAGUGAAGAUGUUGAAAGGAAGCAUCAAAGCUGCUGCAGGCAGUUCAAACCAGAAGCCAUCAAAUCCCCUUCUCAGGACUUCAAACUACCCAGCGCAAUGGGACAUGAACGCCUUGCCAGAUAUUGGUUAUAAGAAAGUUCUUGUAGACAAUACUUGUGCAGAGUUCUCAAACAUCGUCAAAAUGUUUAGUAAGACAGUCUCCGGUCAAACAGUGAAGAAACUAUGGCGUAUUCAGAACCCCACCCUCUGGCAGGUCUAUCAGUGGCAGAAGGAUCAGAUGAAGAAGAAGAAUUCUGGUAUUGCUGUGGAUGAGCGCCAGCUGUUUCAUGCCACGGAAAGUGCUAAUGUUGAUGCCAUCUGCAAUGACAACUUUGACUGGCGUAUCUGCGGCACGAACGGUGUUCAAUACGGACAAGGAAGUUAUUUCGCCAGAGACGCAUCCUACUCCCACAACUACGCCCCGCCCACCUCUGAGGGGACACGCACCAUGUUUGUGGCUCGUGUGCUGGUCGGUGACUUUGUCUUAGGGGUUUCCACUAUGCGACGCCCGCCUCAGAAAUCCAAAGGUCCCAAGUGUUAUGACUCCUGUGUGAACAACGUCCGUAAUCCGUCAGUCUUCGUGGUGUUUGAGAAAUUCCAGAUCUACCCGGAGUACAUCCUGGAAUAUGGGGAAGAGGGGACAUCUGGGACAUCUUCCUGUAUCAUUCUGUAA